AUGAUUGAAGUGGUAGCAGAGCUGAGCCGAGGUCCUGUGUUUCUGGCGGGGGAGGCGCUUGAGUGUGUGGUGACAGUCACCAACCCCCUGCCCCCCACAGCCACUUCUGCAUCCAGUGAGGCUUUGGCCUGGGCCAGUGCCCAAAUCCACUGCCAGUUCCAUGCCAGUGAGAGUCGAGUAGCACUACCUCCCCCUGACUCCAGUCAGCCAGACGUCCAGCCUGAGAGCCAGACUGUCUUUCUACCACACCGAGGUGAGAGGGGUCAGUGUAUCCUUUCCACUCCACCAAAAAUCCUUUUCUGUGAUCUGAGGCUAGAUCCUGGAGAGUCCAAAUCAUACUCCUACAGUGAAGUGCUGCCCAUAGAGGGACCACCCUCCUUUCGGGGUCAGUCAGUCAAGUAUGUCUACAAACUGACCAUUGGCUGCCAGCGUGUCAACUCACCCAUCACUUUACUCAGGGUCCCUCUGAGGGUUCUUGUGCUGACAGGCCUUCAAGAUAUCCGGUUUCCCCAGGAUGAGGCUGUAGCCCCAUCUAGUCCAUUCUUGGAGGAGGAUGAAGGUGGGAAGAAGGAUUCAUGGCUAGCAGAGCUGGCUGGGGAGCGUCUCAUGGCUGCCACAUCCUGCCGCAGCCUCCAUCUAUACAAUAUCAGUGAUGGCCGAGGAAAAGUUGGGACAUUUGGCAUCUUCAAAUCUGUAUACAGACUCGGCGAGGAUGUGGUGGGGACCUUAAACUUAGGGGAAGGAACUGUAGCUUGUUUGCAGUUUUCAGUAAGUUUACAGACUGAGGAACGUGUACAGCCUGAAUACCAGAGGCGCCGCAGGACAGGGGGUAUCCCCUCUGUCUCUCAUGUGACUCAUGCCCGGCACCAGGAGUCCUGCCUACAUACAACCAGAACCAGCUUCUCCCUCCCCAUCCCUCUCAGCUCCACCCCAGGAUUCUGCACAGCCAUUGUGUCCCUGAAGUGGAGAUUGCAUUUUGAAUUUGUAACAUCGCGAGAACCAGGUUUGGUGCUCCUACCUCCCUUGGAACAGCCUGAGCCUGUCACCUGGACAGGGCCUGAGCAAGUGCCCGUAGACACCUUCAGCUGGGACCUUCCAAUCAAGGUGCUGCCCACAAGCCCUACCCUGGCCUCAUAUGCAGCCCCAGGCCCCAGCACCAGCACCAUAACCAUCUGA